AGUGCUGAGUAAUCUCAUUAUUUACACGGAUUCUGUACUUGUGCAGGAAAAGCUCCGCUUCCUGGAACCCGUGUUCUUGCUUAUUUCCCACUCCGCUGAUUCAGCUGGUCAAUAGCACAGAGAAAUCCCAGGAUGGAGUAUAGGAUUCUACAGACAUUCGCGUACACACUACUGUUUCUGCUCUGCUCUUGGGUUGCCUCUUCAGUGGCAGUCCAACAGAACCUCACAGACACUGCUCAUGAUGAGACUGUGCCAAUUGCAAUGACUUUAAAUAUAAUUCACCUUUAUUUUGCAGAGAUAUGUUGGCUUAAUUACACCGAUCAGAUGUCCAAAAUAAACUCAGAUAAUUGGUGUUCAUGGCAUCAUAUCAACAGACAUUACAGUGAUUUAAGAAACUGUUUAGAGGGCCUGGCUGAUAAGUUGCAUCUUGCAUUCCCAAAUGAGAUAGCCGAUAACUACAUCAUGAUGGGACACAGGACUUACUUUGUAAACUGUACCCUGCAGUCUCAAGAGCUUGCAGACCCUCCUGAACAUAUUCUUCUGGCCUUAAUACUUGCACCCAUAAGCAUCAUCCCAUUCCUGGUCACCCUUGUGGUUUGCAAAAGUAAAACUACCAAACCACAAACCUAAAACCAGGUAUGCAAAAUGCUGUUGUUUGCUCCCAGAACUGCCUGUUAAUGUGCCAGCAUUUGGCUUGGACAGACUCAAGCUUAUUUUAUGAUCAUGCUAGUCCUUGCUCUUCAUAUUGAAGUCUGAAGUCUGCUACUUUGUGAAGUCUGAAGUCUGCUACUUUGUGAAAAUAUCCAACGGUCAUAUUACUGAUAAUUUCUCAGCUGUAAACUUAUCACAUUAUUUCACUGGAUUCAACCAAUGUGAUUUGAAAACCAAAGACACCCACUGGAUUUAUUUUCAGUAUACGUGAUCAACGGCUGCACAUUGUAGUCCCCUAGACUGCUGUAUACAGGAAACGAUCUUCCUUUCUUCAGAAGACAUUUAUCAACGUUCAUGAAAUUGCCAUCCAGAGAAAAACUGGCAGUUGUAGUGUUACAGGAUUGGGAGAUUAAUAUUGCAGAACCAAUGACAUGCAAUCUAAUGAGACGUUAAAAGGACAAUCAACACUCCUAAUGGACAGACAAGGGACAUGAUUCCGGAAGCAAACUGUGAUUAAACCAAGGAAUGUGGCAUUUUUGUUUAUUCAGUGCAUAAUUUAUAAAACGAUUGUCUUUGUAAAGACAGAAUCAUCCAUAAAAUGGGGGGGGGGAAUACUGUUGACUUGGCAAACUGGAGAUUUUAUUUUGUGUGUGCAUCAUCUCUUUUUAUAUUUACCUUCAGCCUAAGGGACAUUUACCUUCAUCCUAAGGGACCAACAAUGGAAUGUUCAAGAGAACUUGUUUUUGCAUUGUACAUUAUAUCUCAUACUACUGUCAAUAGAAAACACUCCAGCCUGGAAAACAAUAUAAUUCGUAGCCUUAUUACUUUACAGAGAAUGUCUCUUCUGGAUGGCCUACAACUGAUGCUGGAGUACCUAGAUCAUAGCCUCUGGGCAAUACUUCCUAUUCUGUUCUUUGUGCUUAAGCAACAAUGCAAGUGUGACCUGCCACAAAACCACACAAGCACAGGGAACCUUUGCACUUACUGAUUUCAAAUGGACUUUGGUUUUUUUAGUGGAUACUUAAUGUUUUUAGUGGAUACCCCUUUACCCCUAAAAUGAAUAUUUAAGCAACAGAUAGUUUAUAUCAUAUUAAGUGACAUAUUAAAGAAUCUUACCAAA